AUGAUUUCCGUAAACACGGCCAGUGCUAGAUCGUGUUAUGUUUGCAACUCUUCGGAGAGCUCGCACUGCUUGGCGAAAAUAGACCUUCAAACGACCCCUUUGCGGCCCUCAAUUUGCAAUGUUGCGGACGCCAAAUUCUGUAUCAAAACCACUGGGAUUUAUGGGAUUCACGUGACCAACCCAGCAAGGAAUUCUGGUGCAGGAAACGGUGGCAGUGAUUGGCUGACAAGGGUGUGGCUCGAGUGGUUCGCUUUCGAGCCAUCAGAACCUCUGAGCACUUUGUGA